GUGAGCAAGGUGUGUGAGCAGCUUUCCUCAGCAGCUCAGAGUUGUCAAAGAGAACUGCUUGUCCUGUCCUUGCAGACUAUGCAAACAGAUCUUCAAUAAAGACGUAUACAAAGGGAUUUUUAAUCGAUAACGGACACGUUUUUAAAAUGGAAAGUCACCAGGGAAAUUGUGAGAAGCCUCUGUGUCGUGCUGCGGUGUUGGACAGGCCAGUGCACACGGAGAGGAACAGCAGCAUCUGAGCUCUGCAGCUGGAGUCCACUUCUCUUUUCUCUAAUAGAAUACUAACGUUACACCUUCUAAUAUUCUGUCCCUAUAACAAACACAAAGCUCUUUAUCGUUUCACAUUAACAUUUACUGAUUGUUCUUGAGUCUAGGUGUUCACUGAAGCUUCUUCUUUCCAAGCCAAAUGGAAGACUCAGGCUCGGUCUCCCUCCUCUCUUCCCCAGCUCCAUCUUACACCUUUUCUUUCCUCUCUAACCUGUCCACCCCUUCCUCUUCUCCCUCAGUUUAUCCAUCCCCAAGCAUAGCCUCCACAGCUCUUUUUUGUUUCUUUCUAUCACUCCUUUCCCUUCUGGGCAUUCUGGGAAACCUGUACACUCUGGGGCUUCUCAUUCAGCGCCGCAGGGGCCCCAGAAGGAGACGCAGUAUGGCACCAAGCUGCUGUUUGACUCCUGCUUGCCUUAGAACCUUUUCCCCAUCUCACUCUCCUAAUUCCUCCCCCACCUCGUCCUCCUUGUCUUCUUCUUCACUUCAUCUGCAGGUUCUGAGUCUAGCUUUGGCAGAUCUGCUUUACCUCUCCACUGCACCCUUUAUCGUCUAUGACAGCCUGGCAUCUGAUUGGGCUUUUGGUGAACUCGGCUGCCGCCUCCUGCUCAGCCUGGACCUGCUCACCAUGCACGCCAGCAUCUUCACACUGACUGCAAUGAGUCUGGACCGAUACCGUGCCGUGGCAGACCCUCUUGCUGCAUCUUCAGCUCCUACCUCAGGACUGCGGCGUGUGGUACUGGCAUGGGGCCUUGCUGUGGCACUCAGCCUACCCAUGAUGAUCACUCUGCACCUGGAGGAUGGAGGAAACCAGGAGGGCAAACUGUGUGUUCCAGCAUGGGAUGAGCAAAGCUCCAAAGCUUACCUCAGUGUACUAUUCUGCACCAGCAUCCUAGGACCAGGCCUGGCCAUCGGGGGUCUGUAUGCAGCCUUGGGGCGUCACUACUGGGUUUCACAGACACAGUUGGCCUGGGCUGGUGGAUGUAGCGCCAACCCACCCCGUGCUCCUAGACCCAAAGUCCUGCUUCUCAUUUUGGGAAUUGUGCUUGCAUUCUGGGCCUGUUUCCUCCCAUUCUGGAUCUGGCAGUUACUACCACUCUAUCGACCAGAUGUUCUACGUGUGGUACCAGUAGGCACACAGGUCACUGUUAACCGGAUCCUAACAGGACUAACAUAUGGGAACUCAUGUGUAAAUCCAUUUUUUUACACGUUACUGACAGGAAAGCGGCACCGGACCAGAGGGCAGACAGCAAGCACAACUGCUCCAUUCUGCCAAAAGGGAAGCUCUGUUCACCAGUGAAAGCACUUUUUACCUGCCCAUAAAUAAGUGCACUUUUCACAACUCUUUUUACAUACACUACAUCAAUCAUUCAUUCAUAUUCAAUAGCCACAGCCAAUUUAUUCUGGUCAGGGUCGUGGUGGAUCCGGGGCCUAUCCCGGGAUCACUAGGUGCAAGAAGGGAAUAUACCCUGGAUAAAACAGCAGUGCUUUACUGGGCAUAUUAUAGACAUCUUUUUAAAUUAAUAAGAUUAUAAAUUAUUCCGGUACUCAUGUAUUUCAGUUGCAGCAUUAUUGUUGCAGUCAAAUAUAUUAAGUAAACUGUUCACCCAUUGUGGUCAUUGGGUUUAGGACUCUCCUAGGUUUUAGUAGAAUUGACUAUGAUAACCAUUUUCUCUACUAAAAGGCAAUGUGUAAUAAUGUGUUAUAUGAGGCUCUUAUGCUUCUUAAAAGCAAAGCUUAUAAUGAAGCAUCAGUGCUUCAACUAGCAGACAGCUAAUUAUCACACACUGGUGAACAAAAAUGUUCAAAACAUCUGUUUGAGGAGACACCAAAGGCACAACAUGAAAGGGACAACACAAGUUUUGACAUGAUUUGUAACUUGCCCAAAGGGAAUUUUCACUACAGGUGUGAAGCAUUUUAAAACCAAAUUGGUUUAUUAGCCCUAAUGAAGAGAAAGGCCAUAUAUUUCAAUUAGGCUCAAAGCUAAAGAACAAUUCCCAUUGGAAUUUGCUCUUUGAAGAGGAUAAAUAUUAGUCUUGUCCAUUAUUUUAGGAUUUACAAAUGUGUAUCGACUCACAUGAAGCUGUUUAGUUCUCGUACUGUAGUGUUUUACUUUUGUAAAUUAAUAUGUCAAUUCCCAUUUUUUUCUGUUUGUCUGUGAGUGGAUAAAUCUGUCUACUAAGUUUCUAAGCUUAUAUUUUACUGGCUUUUACACAAUUUUUUUUUACAUCAGUACAUCAGCAAUAAUACUUUAUAAAGAUUUAGCAACAUUCAUAGUUCUUCCCUGCAAAAAUCUUGUUCUACUGAUGUUACUUUACUGAAUGCUUGGCUCUAAUUUAAAUAUUUGUAAAACUACAGCCUACUGCAUUCUAUAACGGAAGAUGUUUGCCUAGAAGGUAUUAGAUGGUAUUCUUUGCAUUCAAAUUCUAUGUCUUCUAUGACUCUUGAAAACCUCAGACUUUGUUUGCCUUUUACAGCAAACUGCAUUUAUUUUUGCAUCUGCCUUUUCCCUGCAUUGCUUUGCACAUAGCAUAGUCACAAACAUUCAUAUACAUGCAUUUGUGGCAAUAAUAUAUACUGAUGAAUAAAAAUACCCCUUUUAUACUGAAGUCUGUGAAGUGGUUCAUGGUUCUCUCCCCAAAGUGUUUAGGCAAAAAAACAUCCCCUAUCCUGAGUAUUUGAGAGUGCCAAUGAUAGAAUGCUGCAUAGAAUAAACAUUCAUUCAUUACAUUCAGUAAAAUGGAGAAACAAGGCAGGGCAUAAACUCAGAAAAAAGUUAGUUUUAUUGGUUGUUGAUUGGGCUGUUAUGAUAGAAAUGUGCUUUCUUUGUUAUUUCAAACAAGCAGCAGUUGAAUAGUAUGAUCUUAACUGAGUUUGCAUUUGUUUGAAAUUGCAUUUUCUUCAAAUCUCUGUGUAUGUUGUAUAAAAUGACUUACGGCAUAUAUAAAUUCCCCUUCUCUGACUUCUAGCCAAAUACAUUUGCAAAAGCUAUUUUGCUAUUUGGGUUCAAUAUAAGUAUUUGGGUAAAUUAAUGUAAAGAAAACUAAGUCAGAUCUCAUAUAUAAAAAAAACAUACUGAACACAUAGCCUUACUGCUGUUUCUUCUUUGACACUGCAUGUAUAAAUGUCUACACUAAAUUAAUUUAUGGCAUGCAUGUGAUGUUCAUAUGUGAGUAACAUGUGGGUGAGAGAGCCUGUGUCUUGUCUGUAAAUGUUUGAAUGGCAGCAUGGUGUCAGGCUGCAUGAAGAACUCCUAUGCGCAUGAACACUUCUUUGUGCAACAGUGAAAAUUGUCAAAUUUGUGUAUCUGUGUGCCUUUUGUGAUUGCAUACAGUAUAUUUCAUACAGGGGCUUCCAAGAUGAAUACAAAGAAAAAAAAAAAACCUUUCUGGUCCCUAUUAAAAUAUCACAAUUCUUCAAUCACAGUGGAGUUCAGUCUGUUCAAAAAGAAAAAAACAGGCAUCCCAUAAUCAGAACAUGGUGCUUGAGAAGCAUUUGUGCAAAGCCGUACCUCUGUUUCACUCUGUCCUUUCUUCCCUUUAGCAUGUGUUUCCAUUUACCUGGGAGAAACGCGCUAGCUAACGUUCCUAGUUUGUUCUCUGUGAAGCCAGCAUUGAUCCUCCAAUGCCAGACCGGCCUCAGAUCUCUAAUACACAUGGAGCUCAGCGCAUUUCUGUGGAACAAAGUGGUCUCUCAGCUUCUUUUGCUGUUCAUCAGCAGCUUUUAUGAACCUUUGAUACCUAAUCUAUUUCAUUUUCUCCAGUGCUGUGAUUGCAAAUAUGUUGGUAGACCAGUAAUACUUUAUGUAAACAGGAAGGAGAAUAAAAGUUCUCUA